ACUGACUUUGUUGAGCUACUUCAGCCACUUAGGGAUUUUGCAUAGUUUUAGGCGCCCUACAAACGAAAGUAACUGUAGUUGUUGGACAAAAUCAGGUAAUACUGCGUUUAGCCUUAAUAGAACAGCGGCUGUACAACAUUAAGAAUAUCUUUUCAGUGUUAGUAUCUGACAGCGGGGCUCUCUGCUAUCAUGAGUGCUCUGUUUGCCAGUGAGGAGCCAUCCACAUGGAGGAGUGUUUAUAAGAUUUACUGGGAUGUCGUGGAGGCAAAGACCAAAGGCAAGAAACCUGGAAAGCUGCUGAGCCUUGACAAGUGGUAUCAAGAGGAGCUGCCCACGCUCAUUUCAAGUCGACCGGAUAAACACAUCACUCAGUCAGAGCUGGUGAAACUGAUGGAGUGGAAGCUCACCAGAGGAAAGUUCAGGCCACGGCUGCAGCAGCUGGUAGCGUCUAACAGCGAGGACACCGUGGAGAAUUGCUCCAGAAAGGCCUUCAGUCUUCUUCCUGACGUGCAGGCAGCGAUCGCAGAGCUCAGCACCCUGAAAGGAGUUGGCCCAGCAACCGCUUCAGCUGUGUUGGCAGCUGGAGCUCCAGAACAAACCGCAUUCAUGUCUGAUGAAGCCAUGGAGAGUGUGCCGGGACUGAAGCCCAUCCAGUACACGGCCAAACACUACGCUCUCUUCCUGGAAAAAAUGGUAGAGCAUACUCAAAAACUUAACAAAGUGGAUCCCCAGCAGGACUGGACGCCCCACAGACUGGAGCUGUGUUUAUGGGCGAUGACCGUUGCUGAGCAGCAGCAGCUCCCACUCUUGAAAGAUAUUAAUGAGAAGGACAGCAGCAUGGCAGAGGGUUUAGAUACCGGCCCUGACCAGAGACCAACAAAGAAGCUCAAAACAAAAUGAAAAAAACCUGUUAUGUUUUAUGUGUACCUUGUUUAUAAUAAAGUAAGUGUUUAUUACAU